CGGCGGGUUGGCAGCGGACGGGAUCGUGGGCAGGAACGGGAGGCUGCAGGGAGCGUUUGGGAGAGAUGUCGGGGAGCUGGCCUUUCCGCCCGGGGACCUAGGCUGCCUGGACCCCCCGGGGUCCUGGGGAGCCGCGCUGCCCGGCAUGCGGCCACAUCCCUCCGGGGCCAGGCCGUGGGCCAGCGCUUUGGUCGGGAGGGACCCGGGGGUCCUGGCGUGGUGUGUGGAUGGGCUUCCCCCAGGCCUCGCCGAGCCUUGGCGGGGACUCUGGAGCCUGGGCUCGCAGCCCCUGCACCGCACACCUUCCUCACCCGCGACCAGGAAUGGCCGAGUCCGUAGGAACUUGAGGAGGAGGGGGAACGUAGAUGGCUGGACACAGGAUCUAGAGGCUCCAAAUAAUGUGGAGAUGUUUCGACCUUCAGGUUCCACGGGGCUCAUCCCCCCGUCCCACUUCCAAGCGCGGCCCCUUCCAGCCAUGCCGCGAAUGGCUCCCUCCUGGGUCUCAGACAUCCCCCUGGCCCAUCGAGGUGUCUCAGAGAGGUGGCCAGACUUCCAGAGGCCUCCGGGGAACGUGUGGGAGCAGGACAUUUCUGGCGAUGGGCAGGAGCCGGGGUGGAGGGACAGGUCUGUGGAGCUGCAGGGAUCGCAGGCCUUGCGCCAGCAGGCAGAGCUGAUCUCUCGGCAGCUGCAGGAGGUGCGACGGCUUGAGGAGGAGGUCCGGGUCCUGCAGGAAAACUCGCUAGAGCAAAAGAUGAAGCUGGAGACCCAGGCCAUGGAGCUGGAGGCUCUGGCACGGGCAGAGAAGGCUGGCCGAGCUGAGGCCGAGGGCCUGCGUGCCGCCCUGGCUGGGGCUGAGGUUGUCCGGAAGAACCUGGAAGAGGGGAGCCAGCGGGAGCUGGAGGAGGUUCAGAGGCUGCACCAGGAGCAGCUGUCCUCCUUGACACGGGCUCACCAGGAGGCUCUUUCCAGUUUGACCAGCAAAGCCGAGGGCUUGGAGAAGUCUCUGACCGGUCUGGAAACCAGCAGGGCCGGGGAAGCCAAGGAGCUGGCCAUGGCCCAGAGGGAGGCUGAGCUGCUGCGGGAGCAGCUGAGCAAGACCCAACAAGACUUGGAGGCUCAGGUGACCUUGGUUGAGAAGCUAAGGAGAUAUGUGGGGGAACAAGUUCCCCCCGAGAUUCACGACCAGGCAUGGGAGUCAGAGCGACUGAAACUUCUAGAGACCGUGCAGCACUUGCAGGAGGACCGGGAUGGCCUGCACACAACGGCGGAGCUGCUGCAGGUGCGCGUACAGAGCCUCACGUACAUCCUGUCCAUGCAGGAAGAGGAGCUGGCCAGGAAGGUGCAACCGUCAGAUUCCCUGGAGCCCGAGUUCUCCAGGAAGAGCCAGGCCCUGCUGAAGCACUGGCGGGAGAAGGUGUUUGCCCUCAUGGUGCAGCUAAAGGCCCAGGAACUGGAGCACGGAGCGUGCGUGCAGCAGCUGAAGGGACAGGUGGCAGAGUUCCAGGAAAGAGUGGCUGCCCAGAGCCAGGAGCAAGCCAUCCUGCAGCGCUCCCUGGAGGACAAAGCUGCGCAGGUGGAGGUAGAGCGGAUGGGCGCCAAGUCCCUGCAGAUGGAGCUGAGCCGUGCCCAGGAAGCCUGUCGCCGGGGGCAGCAGCAGACGGCCUCGGCUGAGGAGCAGCUGAAGCGUGUGGCCAAAGCUAUCAACAGCUUUCAGACCUGGAUCCAGAACCCCAUGGCCGAGGUGGAGCAGGCUGCAGCCCGGCUGCCCAGCCUCAGUAGCCGAGUCAGCUACGCCGUCCGCAAGGUCCACACUAUUCAGGGUCUGAUGGCUCGAAAACUGGUCCUUGCUCAGCUGCGCCAGGAGAGUUUCCCCUCAGGGCUCCGGGAAGUCUUGUUUUCAUGGAGCCUCGCGACCUCUGGGCAGCCCCACACCUUCCCCUGCUUCCCCACAGUGGUCUCCCUGGGCCAGAUGCAGCGCAAAGCCACCCGGGAAAAGGAACGGAACCAGGAGCUCCGGCGCCUGCAGGAAGAGGCCCGGAAGGAGGAGGGGCUGCGGCUGACCCAGCGCCUGCAGGAGCUGCAGAGGGACAAGAACCUCCUGCUGGCCACCUUGCAGCAGGAGGGUCUCCUCUCCCGUUACAAGCAGCAGCGACUGUUGGCGGUCCUGGAUAAGGGAGGGUCUGUGCGGCCCAGCCCCCGGCCGGCAGGGCCAUCGGCACCAGCGCCUCCAGCCGCAGCGCUUGGCCCCAGGGCAGCCACUAAAGAAUCCCUCUCUGUCCUGCUGGAUGACCUGCAGAGUCUGAGUGAGGCCAUUUCCAAAGAGGAGGCCGUUUCUCAAGGAGACAACCAGAACUCUCCUGCAGCCAGGGGCUCGGAGUGCCUGGGGGCUCAGGGGGGCCCAGCGGGCCAGGAGGAUCGUGAAAUGGGGUGAGGUUUGGGGGCCUGCCCUCAGGGAUACCAGCCACCAAGGUGUCUGGAUUUUGUGCCUCAAUAAAGAUGACUGAAUAGCCCUA